GCAUAGCUCCAAAAAAAAAAAAAAAAAAUUAUAAUCUUGACCAUGUCUUUUUCUACUUCAUCCUUCAAGAACCCAGUUUGUGUACCAAAUGGAACAGAUCAAAGAGGCCAUAUCAAUAAUAAUCUCCCUUGUGGAGAAAUCCAUGUAAUAUUUGGGCCUAUGUUUGCUGGUAAAACUACUGCUUUACUUCGUCGUGUCAAUUCUGAAUCCAAAAUGGGCAGGAAUGUGGUGAUGAUCAAGUCAAACAAAGAUACAAGGUAUGCGGUAGAUGCAGUGGUAACACACGAUGGGACAAAAUUCCCAUGUUGGUCAUUGCCAGAUUUAUCAUCUUUCAAACAGAGAUUUGGUCCAGAUGCCUAUGAAAAGGUGGAUGUGAUUGGCAUUGAUGAAGCUCAGUUUUUCGAUGACCUUUAUGAUUUCUGCUGCAAUGCUGCUGAUAUUGAUGGGAAAACUGUAGUUGUUGCUGGCCUAGAUGGUGACUACUUAAGGAGGAAAUUUGGCUCAGUACUUGAUAUCAUUCCAAUUGCAGAUACUGUUACAAAGUUGACAGCAAGAUGUGAAUUAUGUGGCAAACGAGCGUUUUUCACCUUGAGAAAAACAGAUGAGAUGCAGAAGGAGCUUAUAGGUGGUGCUAAUAUGUAUAUGCCCGUCUGUCGACAACACUAUGUCAGUGGAAAAUCAAUUGUGGGAGCUGUGAAAAAGGUCCUUGAAUCUCAUCAAGUGCAGAGUGAACUAGUUCAAGAGAAACCUCUAGUUGCUUAGAAACAGUUCUGGCUUGUGUGUGUAUAUAUAGUUAUAUAUUUUCAUGUGUGCUGUUUGUUUCAAUCAUCUUAUGUUUGGAAUAUUGGUUUCUGGAUCAUGUAGCUAAACUCAGUAAAAGUAUCACAUAUUACAUUAUCAAUGUUAACAAGUGUUUACAUUUA